AUGGCCCUAAACGGCGCUGAAGCCAACGAUUUCUCCUGGGAGCCUCCGACCGAAGCGGAGACGAAGGUGCUGCAGGCGCGACGGGAGCGGCAGGAUCGCAUCUCCCGACUCAUGGGCGACUACCUGCUGCGUGGUUACCGCAUGCUGGGGGAGACGUGCGCGGACUGCGGGACGAUCCUCCUCCAAGACAAACAGCAGAAAAUCUAUUGCGUGGCUUGUCAGGAGCUCGACUCAGACGUGGAUAAAGAUAAUCCGGCUCUGAAUGCCCAGGCUGCCCUCUCCCAAGCUCGGGAGCACCAGCUCGCCUCUGCCUCGGAGCUCCCCUUGGGCUCUCGGCCUGCCCCUCAGCCCCCAGUACCCCGGCCCGAGCACUGUGAGGGAGCUGCAGCAGGGCUCAAGGCAGCUCAGGGGCCACCUCCUGCUGCUGUGCCUCCAAAUGCAGCUGUCGUGGCCUGCACCCAGGAGGCCCUCCUGCAGAAGCUGACCUGGGCCUCGACGGAGCUGGGCUCUAGCACCUCCCUGGAGACCAGCAUCCAGCUGUGCAGCCUUAUCCGGGCAUGUGCUGAGGCUCUGCACAGCCUGCGGCAGCUGCAACACUAAGAAUCCCCUGCUGAGAAAAACCCUCCAG